AUGGCCAAGCGUAUCGCAAAAGGAAAAACCUCUCGAGUGGUAUGCAGAGGCCCUCCUGUGCUUGAAGCCGAUUUCGGAAUGAAGCUGCUAGAAAAAGAGCUAGAAUUAGAAAAAUCAUGAAACAUUGAAACCAUUAAUGAGCUUGUUCAUAUGUAUACAGAAAUGAUCGAAUACUACGAGUACCACAAAGAUCCUAAAUAUCUGGAUUUCCAAGAUAGAAUGCACAAAAUGCUGGUGAAGCCUCAAGUAAUAGCCUCUAUGAGAGAAGACAACAGAGCAAAAAAUGCUUUGAAGCUAGAUAAAUCUUCUUCAAGCCAAAAUACAGAAGGGAAAGCAAGAAGGCUAGAAGAUUUUGAAGACUUGGAGUCUCCAAAAAGUGUUUCUACCGAAACAAGCACGGUCAAUAGCGAGGCUGAGCUCAAGCAGGAAGAGCCAAAAGCACAAGAUUUAGACGAACUUUCUGACGACCAGCUUCAAAGAUCGCGAUCAAGGCACCACACAGUUUCAGGUACACCCUCAAAAAGCCCUACUCAAAAUUUAAAUGACAUCCAAAAGCGAAAACAAGACUCAGCUAAAAUGAAAGAAGCCCUUUCUGCAGAACUAUCCAAAACUUUAACCGAUGUCUCCUACAAAGCAACCAAAUUCUUUGACAGAGUUAUUGGCCUCGUCCAAGCAUCUACGAAGGAAACAGCUGCAAAAGCAGUCUCAGACUUCAGAUCCCAAGACUCCGAUUUGAGUCGAAGACUCAGUUCUAGAAAACAGGUGACCAUGAAUAAAUCAGUCAUAAGCAUCGAAUUUAUGCCUCCAGCUGAAAAUGUUUCAGUUUCUGAUAUACAUUUCAGCGAUACCGAAGAAACUUUUGAGCAAUGCUCAUUUCUGUCAACUGCUUUGAAUAAAUCACACAUAAAUGAGCAACAAGAAAAUUCAAGGAUAAAUGACUUUAGAAUGGUAGAGUACCUGGAAAAUAAGCUCGAGGAACUGAUGGAAAAGAAUUUUUCAGAAAAAGUGGCAAAGAUGAGUGAAGUAAGGCUGAGGUAUGAAUCUCAAAUGAAGGAGCUGGAAGGGCAAGGAGGUCUUGCCCAGAUGAUAGUAGGGCAAAUGAAAGUUGAUAUGGAAAAUGAAAUCAAAGCUAUUGCUGAAAGAAGAGGGCUCAGCAAAUUUAUACAAAACAUCAGGAAGCUGGCUUUGAAAAAUUUCUGAAAGUCGUUUUAGCAAGAAAACCAUGAAGUCUGUUUUUGGAUAAAAUAGUUAAGUCGAAUAAAAUAAACUUUUAAUAGAAAAUUUUAACCGACUUGCAAUGGUUUCAUUUAAUAGACAUGGAUAAAUGGUAUGAAGUCGGAGAAGCAAAAUACUAGCGUGACUGAGAAAUGAAAAAUAGCAGAGUUGGAGAUAAGAAAUCUGCAUAAGUCGCGAUCUUAGGUUAUCGGCAAGUUGGUGCUAAAAUUAACGGAAAUCUUGAUGAACCCUACCAAGUCUUCAAUAUAAAACCAAUACAAGUCGAGUAAUUAAAAUAUGAUCAGAUCAAUUAAUCUUAAUUUAAAAAAGCACCAUUUUCUUAUAUUUUUUCGAUAAUGUAAAUAUAUAUAAAAUUUCAGUGUCGUGAUUAUGAAAACCAUUUAUAGUAGAGAGAAUUAAAACUGUAGCAGGUAGGCUAUGAGAAAUAUUAGGAAGUCGUUGCGAGUUUUAGUAUCCAAUAAAAAUAAGUAUAGUCGAUUAAAAAAAUAAUUAAAUUAAAAUCUUUGAUUGGGGGUCUUAAAAUAAGGCAUAUAAAAUUAAAUAUGAAUCCAAGAUUUACUCACCCUCUUUACGGCAAUUUCGCAGAGAUACUCAGAACUGAAGAUAACGCAAUAAAUUGUGCCAAGAAGUGAAAAUAAUGCAGCCAAACAUUUGUGAUAUAUGCCAUAAUCCAUGCCUCUCUUAUCGAAAUGGAGGAUCUAUGUUUCUACGUUGUACUUUAUGCAAUUUAAGUUUUUCAAUUCGAAGAAGAUCCAUAUUUUCCCAAUCAAGACUCUCAAUAAGCAAGAUGGUUAGGUUAAUUUUCCAUUGUUUCGUCCGAGAACAGUCCAUGAUAACUAUUGUUGAAGACAGCGAAAUAUCAAAAGAUGCUGCUAUAAAGCUGUUUAAAAAGCUGAGAGCUUUAAUAAGUGAACAUGAGAUUGAAAAUUAUUUUACUGAUAAUCAGCUUGGAAUAGAAGAUGAAAAUGGGCAAGAUCAUCCAACUGUAGAACUUGAUGAAACUCAUAUUAUGACUAUGGAUCAUGAUCCCAAAUGGCUAUUCGGAAUUUUUGACAGAGGAGAGCAGAAGACUAUAGAUUUACUAUGUAGGCAACGAUAGAACUUGGGGAAAUUUAUCAGGAUAUAUUCUAAAUGCAGUAUCAAACGAUCAAACGAAUGCUACAGAAGUAUUUAUAGAUGGCUGAGCAGCUUACAGACAGCUUCUAACAUUAGGAUAUCACCAUUCAAUUGUUUUUCAUAAUCAAGACUUUGAAUUGGAAGGCAAACAACUAAUCGUAUUGAAAACGUUUGGAGCAGGCUAAAAAGACUAAAGGCUUAUAGAAAUGGUUUUUUCGCCCAAAAAAUGAAAAAGAUUUGGAUAAUUACUGUAUGUUUUUUUAUUGGCUUCUCAAACUAAAAAAUAUACCAGAAAAAAUAGACUCAUUGAUACAAAUUUUAAAUAUCUCUAAGUUCUAAUUUAAUUAUUUUUUUAAUCGACUAUACUUAUUUUAUUGGAUACUAAAACUCGCAACGACUUCCUAAUAUUUCUCAUAGCCUACCUGCUACAGUUUUAAUUUCUCUACUAUAAAUGGUUUCAUAAUCACGACACUGAAAUUUAUAUAUAUUUUACAUAUCGAAAAAAAUAUAGAAAAAUGGUGCUUUUUUAAAUUAAGAUUAAUUGAUCUGAUCAUAUUUUAAUUACUCGACUUGUAUUGGUUUUAUAUUGAAGACUUGGUAGGGUUCAUCAAAAUUUCCGUUAAUUUUAGCACCAACUUGCCGAUAACCUAAGAUCGCGACUUAUGCAGAUUUCUAUCUCCAACUCUGCUAUUUUUCAUUUCUCAGUCACGCUAGUAUUUUGCUUCUCCGACUUCAUACCAUUUAUCCAUGUCUAUUUAAUGAAACCAUUGCAAGUCGGUUAAAAUUUUCUAUUAAAAGUUUAUUUUAUUCGACUUAAACUAUUUUAUCCAAAAACAGACUUCAUGGUUUUCUUGCUAAAACGACUUCAGAAAUUUCUCAAAGCCAGCUUCCUGAUGUUUUGUAUAAAUUUGCUGAACCGCUGAAGAGUUUGAUAACAAGAGAAAACAAGAUGUGAGAGCCUUAAAACAGUCUUUUGUUGAAUAA